AUGGAUAACAUACCGUAUUUCCUGGCCACCGUGCUCAUUUUCUCCAUCGGGUUCAGGAUAGAAGAGGGCAUGUGCCAACACUACUACCUCCUCCGUCCCAUUCCAAGCGACAGCCUGCCCAUAGUGGAACUCAAGGAGGACCCGGAUCCCGUACUGGACCCUAAAGAGCGGGAUCUGAACGAGACCGAACUCAGAGCCAUUCUAGGCAGUCACUUCGAGCAGAACUUCAUGUCCAUCAAUCCUCCAGAGGACAAGCACGCGGGACAGGACGAGCUGAACGAGUCGGAGCUCAUGAAACAGCGUCCCAAUGGCAUCAUGCCCAAAGAGAUCAAAGCCAUGGAGUUUGAUAUCCAGCACGGGAAGAAACACAAGCCCAGCAAGAAGCUCAGAAGACGGCUUCAGCUGUGGCUCUGGUCCUACACCUUCUGUCCGGUGGUGCACACAUGGCAGGACUUGGGGAACCGAUUCUGGCCCCGUUAUUUGAAAGUGGGCAGCUGCUACAAUAAACGCUCUUGUUCGGUUCCAGAAGGGAUGGUUUGCAAACCUGCCAAAUCCAGCCAUUUGACGGUUUUGCGAUGGAGGUGCGUGCAGAGAAAGGGUGGACUCAAAUGCGCCUGGAUACCCGUUCAGUACCCCGUGAUAUCAGAGUGCAAAUGCUCUUGCCCGAACUGA